AUGGCAGACACAAGAUUCAAACUCAACACUGGCGCUGAGAUUCCAGCUCUAGGACUUGGAACAUGGCAAUCUGAGCCAGGAGCAGUUGCGAAAGCUGUUUCCUACGCAUUGUCAAUUGGAUAUAAACAUAUCGAUUGCGCAUAUGUAUACGGCAACGAAGAUGAAGUAGGACAAGGACUCAAUGAAGCUUUCGCAUCCGGAAUCAAGAGAGAAGAUAUCUUCAUUACUACCAAACUAUGGUGUACAUACCAUACACGAGUUGAGGAGGCUCUCAAUAAGAGUCUCAAGAGUCUAGGUUUGGAUUAUGUUGAUUUGUAUUUGAUGCAUUGGCCAGUCCCUAUGAAUCCAAACGGAAACGACGAAAAGUUCCCGAGAUAUGCCGACGGUUCUCGUGAUCUUCAGACCGAGUGGUCCCAUACGCAGACAUGGCAGGAACUCGAGAAGAUCUCCCAGACUGGCAAAACCAAGGCCAUUGGAGUUUCGAAUUACAGUGUUAGUAAUCUAAAAGAAUUAUUCUCAAAAGCCACCAUCACUCCAGCCGUCAACCAGAUCGAGAAUCAUCCUUCAUUGCCACAACAGGAGAUUUACGAUUUGUGCAAGGAGAAGGGUAUUCACAUCACAGCUUAUAGUCCUCUUGGAAGUACCGGUAGCCCAUUAUUUACUGCUGCGCCAAUUGUGGAAGUUGCAAAGAAGAGGAAUGUACCACCAGCUUCAAUUCUGCUCAGCUACCAUGUUGCACGAGGAAGUUCUGUUCUCGCCAAGUCCAUCACUCCGGAUAGGAUAAAGGCAAACAAGAAUAUUGUGAAGUUAGACGACGAAGACAUGAAGAUUCUGAAUGAUUAUUCGGAUGAUUUGACGAAGAAUGGCAAACUCAUGCGUUAUAUAUUCCCAUCAUUUGGCGUCGACUUGGGAUUUCCGGAUAGGAAACCUUAA